AUGGACAUGUUGUACAUGAACUGCGUUUGUAUAUUAAAGGCCUGUUACAAGGAAAUUAACAAUAGUCUUCUAUAUAUGCAAGAAUUCAUGAUAAACAAGGAACCACAUGUUACCAUAAUGUUUUGUAAGCAGAGAAAUACAUUCCUGAUAAUAAAACUCAAGAAUCUGCAGAAGCAACAUAUGAUGAUCAGCAACACAGUACAGAUGCUGAACAUAAUUUUCAGUGUGCAACUUCUUGCUACGAUAGUACAAAGCUUUUCUGUAAUCAUUUUUGGACUAUACCAUUACUUCCAUAUAGUACAAUGGUUUAAUGGAAUCGUCAAUUUGGAUGAAAUGUUCAGUGUAAUGUUCUUGCUAACCGCAAUAUAUGUCACUAUAAAAUUGGCCUUACUUGUGUGGGCUUGCGAGACCGGCAAGAAUCAAGCACAAGAGAUCCGUACUACGAUUCACGAUGUACUUAACAGCAGCAGAGAUGAGUCAAUAAAAAAUGAGUUGCAGCUGUUUUCUUUACAAACAUUACAUGGCGAAAAUACAUUUUCGGCCAAAGGUCUCAAUAUGGACGCAACAUUUUUCGCUUCUAUGGUGGGUACCAUCACAACAUACAUGUUAAUUGUGUUACAAUUCUUGAAGAUAUCACAGUCUUGCAAUGAAAGAUCUGCAAUUAAUAUUAUAUGA